AUGGCCUACCCCGGUAGCGCACCAGGCGAAAACGCCAUCGCGGAUGUUCCCACGCCUUUGACCGCCAACGUGUUCGACCUCGCCCAAGAACCCUCCUUUGCGUCUCCCAUGGUCACCAUUUUUGUCGGGCCGGAGGCCACCCCUAUCAAAGCCCACAAAUCCAUCCUGACCAAAUGCGAGUAUUUCGCCAAAUGUCUCCAGAGUGGUCAUUUCGAAGAGGGCGACAAGAAUGAGAUCAAUAUGCGCGACGCUGACGUAGAUACUUUCGUCAAGAUCAUUCAAUUUCUGUACACCGGCAAACUCUACGACGGAGAUGACAAGGACAUCAAGCUACUCGCGCGCCAGCCCUGUUGUACUUCAGCUUCUAUCUCCAAACUGAUCAGUGUGCACGCCAUAGCCAACAAAUACUGCAUUGAAGAGAUUUGUACACACGUGGAGGCUCUUCUUGACAAGGGCUUUUCUGCUGAACACCUAGCUUGGCGCCACUUCCAGCAGAUCGAGGAAGCAGGCAUGCGAGGUUCUCCUUUGUGGGAAAUGCUCAAGAUGAAAGUGGUAUCUGAGCUGGUCUACCCGAGCUUUGCCGUGAACCUGAAGGCGAUGUUGGACGAUGGACUUGCUUUCGAUUCUGAAAUGGCAAUCGAUUUGCUACAUGGAUUGGCGACGGAAAACGGCGUCAGCACUUGUCCUGCUGGGCUUCUUUGGCGCUACCUGAUGCAUCAGCACCGAUACCAAAACCUGCAAUAG